UACAAAGAUCUACAGAAAGUCAACAAAAGGCUGAAUCUUUAUCAAGCUCAUACCCUUAAAUCGUUUAUGCAAAAUGCUUCAAAUUCUGCAUCCUGUGUGAGGAAGACAUCAGGAAUAUCUCGCCCUUGGUUUAAUGAAGGGAACCAUAUUAUAGAGGUAUUUCAGCCGCGUGACAUAUCCGUACGUACCGUGAACAUUCAGUCAGUUACUCGCCGUGCAACGACAGUAGAGAGACGUGGUUGUGAACUGCUGCUGUACGUGUGUGUUAAUCUCGGGAACAAAGUGAACACUCAACAUGUCCUUCGCCUUCAGUGAAAACCCCCUGACUUAUGACGUGGAAAAUUCACAAAAUGCUGGUCCUCAGACAAGGAAGACGAAAAGGGAAGAUGCAGGGAGGGGAAAUGGACCACAAGCCUGCAAAAGAGCCGCCCUAGGAACGCUAAGCACAAAUGUUACGAGAAAGCAGCCGUCCCGCGCGGCUAAACAGUCUGGUUUCGCCGAUGGCUUUUACAAUUAUCAGGAUGAAAACGCCUUUGCCAGGCCAGCGGCGGGAAAGUCAACGGGAUCUUGCGGUUUCGCGCUGCCGCCCACCGCGUCCCAGCCCAGCUUCAGUAUCCACAUCGACCCGGUGGAGCCCGCACCACCACGGGCACGAUUCCUGAAGGAACAAAAACCUACUGAACUGCCUUUAGAUCCCAUUGUGACUUCGUUACCCGAAGUAGAAAGACAGCCCCUUAGAACUGUUUUUACUCUCGAUGAAAGUGCAUCUCCUAUGGUCCUCGACACAUCGCUCAGUGAGGAGAACACGGCGCCAGCAACGAUAGAAGACAUAGACAACUCAGACGGUGUGUUUGGGGUUCCGGAGUACGCAGAAGAUAUCUACGAAUACCUAAGAGAGGCAGAGUUGAGGAAUCGUCCCAAGCCUGGCUACAUGCGCAAGCAGCCAGAUAUCACCUCAGGCAUGCGUUCCAUCCUGGUAGACUGGCUCAUCGAGGUAGGCGAGGAAUACCGGCUUCACAACGAGACGCUCUACCUGGCCGUCUCCUACAUCGACAGGUUCCUGUCCCAGAUGAGCGUGCUCAGGUCCAAGCUGCAGCUGGUCGGCGCUGCCAGCAUGUUCCUUGCGGCAAAAUUUGAAGAGAUUUACCCUCCAGAAGUCAACGAGUUUGUGUACAUCACCGACGACACGUACACGGUCAAGCAGGUCCUACGCAUGGAACAUCUCAUCCUGAAGGUGUUGUCAUUUGACGUGGCCGUGCCCACAGCCAACGCUUUCCUGUCAAGGUACCUGAAGGCGGCCAAGGCAGACUCCAGGAUGGAACAUCUAGCCAGGUAUUUGGCUGAGCUGACGUUACCAGAUUGCGAGUACAUCAAGUAUAUCCCAUCAACCAUUGCAGCAGCUGCCGUCUGUCUUGCCAAUUACACGCUCAGUGGAACGGCCUGGACUCCAAUGCUUGCGAAGCACUCUGGCUACAAUUUGGAGGACAUCGCUCCAUGCGUGCGUGAUUUACUCAAGACGUUCACGAACGCACCAAGCCAAAGCCAGCAGGCGGCCCAGGAGAAAUACAAAUCGCAGAGAUACAACAGUGUUUCCAUGAUUGUGGCCCCAACAACACUGCCCUCUUGGUUAUGAGGAUUUGGCAAAAUGCCAUGACAACGGGUAUCGCUGCGAGAGCCAAUCAACUGCUAGAUGGAAGGAGCCUCAGCCAAUCAGAGUAAACCGGAAUUUGUUUAUCCAUUUGUGGGGCCAUGUCUUAAGGAAUGCCCUUUGUUAAAUGGACAAGUUGAUGACAGCUCCAUGGGGGCGUGGCAACCUUGAUAGCAAUUAGUUGUACAUGUGUUGGGGCCACCUGGUUUUAUAAAAACAAAACAAAAACCUCAGGGGCUUUUAAAAAGUUGUAUAGGUUCCAACUGUUUUAAAGGAAAAUCUUUGAACCAUUUGGCGAAGUUUUGAUAAAUUCUCACCAAGUGCAAUUUGUUGUCGGUAAUUGAUUGGGUUCUCCGUGGUUACAGCUGACAGCUUUUUUGUAAAAGUAUUUUGUAACAGAAAACUGCUAAGCUUUGGCUGUAAUCACAGCAAACACUGCCCUCUGUAAAUAGUCCAAAUAUAGCAGCUAUCCCAUCAUGCCUUGUUUCCCAGAGAGAAAUUACGCCGUUUUUAGCACCAGUUGAUUUUUACUGAGCAUUUUACAAGUGGAAAAGUUUUAAAAACUGAAGACAGAGCAACCAUGUUUUUUAUAAACUCUUGUAACCAAAUUGUGUGGAUGUUUAUACUAGAAACCUGGACAAAAUGAGAUUACCUCAAAUGAUUUUUAACGAUUUAAAUGAAUAUCUGUAUAACUUGUUUUAAAUGAGGUUAUUUAAAUUCCGAGACUGACAACAUCACUCUUUACAUGUGACAAAAAUUGAGGACAUCCUUUUAAGUACUUUUAUAGCAGUUUUAAAUGUGAACUUUGUAUUCAAAAACCUUGGGUUGUCGGGAAGUAGUCAUUUUAUAGCCAACGCACUUGUUGCUAGUAACACGCUAUGCACAUUUUAAAAUUCCCACUUAGAACAAAAACAGUUUCUCUUUUUAAUGGUGCCGUGUCUUAUAAAUGCUUUUGUUGUCCAUAAUGAUCAUUGGGUGAUUUUAGUGCAAAAACUGUCCAAAUUUUUAAUUCUUCAAAGCAUAUUUAUUUGUCCUGCAACCUAUUUCACCAGAUUUCAUUAUGUAUAUUAUGUUUAUAUUUUUAUCAAUACCCGGUUAAUUUAAUUUUUUUUUUCAAUACAGUGAAUGAAUUCCAUGUAUUUUAAAAGUUUGACUUUUAUUUUAACAGACAGUUUUAAGUGUUUUCUUUUUUGUUUUACCUCCAUCAUCCAACAUUGCAUUAAAGGGGGGUCUCUGAACAAUUCAAGAUGUUUUUCCUGUUAAUGAGAAUCUGGAAUAUCGUAAUAAAAACAUUUUUAAUGUA